UCACAUGAGAAGAUUUUUAAAGUUUCCACUAUAUACAUAUAGGGAAAAGUGACCAAGCGCCCAGGCGGCCAUGUUUCGUGACGAAUCGGAACAAUUUGAACAAUUUUGGUAGAUGGUUACAUAAGGAACAUUUGUGUGGACUUAUUUCAAAAUAGGACUAGCGCUUUAAGAGGAGACAUCGUUUGAAGAUUUUCUUAUGUUUAGCUCUGGUGACCCUAUGUACAACAAAACUGUUUGUAUAAAAUUGAUUGAAGACCAUCCAUGAAACAUCUAGGUCGAGUUUCAGUUUUUGGAAGAAAUAUCUUUUAAAGAAAUUGUUGACCACGGACGGACAGACGCACGCACGCACGACGGACAUAGCGUACCGCGCUCAGGUGAGCUAAAAACAACUGAUUCAAAUGUUAUAUUACAUAUAAGUAAAAUAAUCUGUUUAAAAAAACAAUUUUAACACCAACUGCAAAUGCUCCUUUGAAAAAAUAUUGUUGAGCAAUUACGCGUACGUAGACAUUUAUACUCAACGAAUGUAACUCAGAAUGACAGUAGUCAAUACAUGAUUAUGACAAUUCAAUUUAAUUCUUUUAUUCUUUCAAUUCAUAAUAACAUGACAUAAUGAGGUAAAUUGGUAAAAUACCUAACUAGGACUAAUUGUAACAACUGGACUAUAGUUAUGGUUAUAUAUUAACCAAUCGUUGAAACGAUAAUAAACUGAAUUGGGUUUACAUUUUUUUUGUAAGAUAGUUUUCCAUUAGUUCGUGCAAUUAUAACUUUUCCAAUAAAACUACACAGGCUUUUAAAUCAAUAUUAAGCCAAAGUAGGUUUAUGUACGGAUAUGAUUAAACAAUCUCAGAGAGCGACAACAAAGAGGCAGAGAUCACUAUCUGUCGGAGAAAGUGAUGAAGUCCCUGAAAAGAUGCCUCGGUACCAAGGAUGGGAUACGCAAGAUCAGGCCAUUGCUUCUUUCAAUCCAAGUUCCCAGGAUACAGCGCAAGAAUCUGAUAUCGGCAGUGUACUGUCCGACCACUUUAAAACUUUAAAAGAAGAAAUGGAGCCGUUGGAAGUUGCAUACAGAAUGAAAAAGAAACAGAUACUAGACGCAUCAUCACAUGAAACAAUUGUCAAUCAGAAAUCGAGACGAAUGCGCGUUGAUGCAUUCAUCAAGGCGUUAUACAAAGCAAUGCAUCGUAAGUCUGGCAGCUGUGACGUGUACAAAGAGUUGAUGAGCGCACUGACACAGACCGGUCAGCAAGGAAUUGUGCUAACAUUGCAAACAUCACCUAAACCUUACCAACCAAAGCAGUAUGAAAGCCAAACCUUGUUGGAAAUGUUCAUGAAGAAGAAAAACGUGAUCCUUAAUGAGAUAGAGCCUUUAGAUGUGAUAGAUGAUAUUGUGGAGUUCCGUGGGCUACAUUUACAAGACCAUGAGGAAAUAAUACAGGCAAACAGUAGGAAAUGCAGAGUUAAACUUUUAUGUAAACAUCUAGAUUCUUUACCUCAAGAUCAAGCAUGGAUGAUUUUGAAACCAAUAAAAGACAAAUACACAGGAUUGCUUUCGGACUCCAGUGAAAAUGACAAAUCAUCUGACACUUCAGUAUUGUCGAAUGCCUCAUCCGGUUCAUCAUCAACCGAUUUAUCGUCGAAACUAGAAGGACCAUCGACAGAAUUACGAAUUAACUUCUUACAAAAAGGAAAAAACAGCACUGUUGUUGAAGAUAGCAAUGAGCAUGAUCAUCCAAGUAUGAAGUUGCGUCAGAUAAAAGAGAUUGAACAGAAACUCGUGGAGGAUGCCAAUAACGAUCCUGCUAAACGCGAAGCUAUAGAGAAAGAGAUGAAAGAGUGCACGCUUUUGUUUAAGAGUCUAAAGUUUUCGUCAAUCAGAAUUAGUUUACUAGCUUCUUCAGAUAUAUCUGUACAGAAAUUAGAAGAAUUCUGCCAAGAUGGCCGGGCAAAUUCAUUAAUAUUGGGUUUGCUUGAUACAGAGUCCAAAGAGAAACUUAAGGAACUAGAAUCAACAAUUGCGUCUUUGGACAUUUAUGUAGAUAAAGAGAAGACUUUCCUUGACAUCCUUGAUGAAGUUGGGGAAGGCUGUCUCUGUACAUUGACAAGCAGGAGCAUUACAAGUCAUUUUGACUAUAUUGUCGAAAAGAUUGACGAUCUGGACAUACCUUUCAUUGACAAAGUCUUAGAAAAUGGAAGACUUGAUCAGGAUUCAUCAAAAGAGCUUUUAAAGAUAAAGGAAUGCGCUUUUGGGAAGGAAAGAAGAAGAAAAUUACUACAAUUCCUUCAACAGAAGAAUACAAGUCAAACAUUAUUAUGCAUACUAGAAAAUGACAUAUUGAUGAGUGAUGCAGAAAUAAUCCUUCGUAUACAACAAACGAAGCCAUGCAGAGUUUUAGCAGAUUCAGGACAUGACUUUUCACGAGAAGCAAAAGUGAUUACCGCCUCUGAUUUACACGAACAUGCUGAAAUACUGGAAGAUGAGAUAGACCCAAGAUGGUUCCUAAGCAGUCUUCAAUCCCGAACAGACAAAAGGUCCACAGAGAUAGUAAAAACUAUCAAGGAUUCCAAAUCGAGAAAAGAAAGGUCAAUGCCUUUUUUGAAAUAUUUAUACGACGAAGAGAACCUGCAGUGGUUUGCAGACGGACUGGCGAUAAGCAACAAGCACAUUUUACACCAACUACAAUUUCACAAGUGUCAAGAGAAGGUCCAUACCCAAGAUUUGAAGUUUGCUUUUUUGUCCGCGUUUGACGACAUCACGAAAGAUCUAGAGCCACUGCAACUAGCGAAGUACUUUGGUUCCUCGUUUCUACAACAAACAGACUUUGCUUCUUUGAGAGACAUCAACACUAGACAGGGAAGGGCAUCAUACUUUAUCAGAAAAAUUCUUAGUGGAAGCGAUCACAUGCUUGGAGAAACUCUUGAAGCAAUGCGAUGCAGCUACAGUGAUUUAGUGUCAACAGUAGAAGACAUCCUGAAAUGUGGCUCUGUAUGUGAAAAGUACAAAUGCCCACGAAUAAGACGAUGGCAAGGAAACUCACCAGUUUGUGUGUUCAGAACAAAUAUACCAUUGUUUGAUGAGGAUUCCAACAAAAGAACUGAAGAAACGUACGAAGUGUAUUCACCUGAAAGAAAACUGAAAAAUAUGUUAGCAACUGGGUUUGUGCAAGCAAAAGUCCUUAAAUAUGAGAAAGGUAAGCCAUGGACUUUAUCUGGCCGACUCAAUACAUGCAUUGGUGUGAUUGGUUCUGAAACUCCAUGCAAACGUUCACUUUUAAAAGCCAUGAGUGAACGGAUCGUUACUAAUGUAGAAACGGCGAAAAUACACGUUGAAACUGACGUCAAGAAGUUCAGUGCCUAUAAAGAAGCAAAGAACGUCAUAUUUUGGGAUCUGCCUGAAGUUGGCACCGAUCAUUUCCCCCGUGAGACCUAUCUGACGGAUAUCGCUUUUAAACGCUAUGACUGUUUUGCGAUGCUAGUAAAGGAUCAGAAUAUUUCGGACGAUUACAUUUUGUUAGCAAAAGAGAUCGUUAAUCUGCAUAGAAAGGUUGUUCUUAUAUGUACCAACAAAGGCAGCCCCAAGGUACCAAGUACGAAGUAUGAACCUAUUGCUCAUUGUAGCAGUGCAGAAAAUGUAAAAGAAAAACAGGCUGUAGAUAAGUUUCGCCAGACCUGCUACAAACGCCUUCAGGAGUUAGGAUGCAAUAAAACUCCUUUCUUUCUGAUAAAAGAGGAUGCCAUACUUAACAACAACUAUGACUUUGACAAACUUUUCGCAAAGUUGAUAGAGGAAGUUUCGAAUGAAAAGCAUAACACAUGACUGACAAGCAAGAAUAAAGAAAACUGAUUGCUGAGUAUCCUCACGUAAACGAGUAUCCUCACGUAAACUCCGAAUUCGUACGUAGCGGUGUUCCUUUACAGAAAAGAGACAUCUGCUACCACAAACAUAUCAUCAGAAUUUCGAUACAUCGUUCAAUUUCCGUUUUAGUUACUGGUGUGUGUAAUCAAGAGGGAAUUAGGGGUAAUACCUAUAAAUUUCUCUGCAAUGACCGUUGUCGUGUGAUACAUGUGUUUACGGUCACGUGGUACGCUUGGUGGUCGCUAUGAGAGAAAAUCGUUUAUAUUGUUUAGACCUCAUCUCAUCUAGUACUAUUUGUUUGCAUAUUACAUUUCUGACUUAAAUUAUUUCUAAAACUAUUAGCCAUGUAUAUAAAAUAAGCUCAAAAUACACAUUGAUGAUAAAAAAGGAAUUCUAACACAAUAAAAUAGAUAAGAAGAUACUUUGAAAGCAUAGAGCUCAACCAAGCGAUGUAAUAGCAGACUCGGUUUGAUUGAGUCCAGCGUUGACUAAGUCUGUUCGUGAAAGGUGACGGCCCUACACAAUUCUACACAAUUCUUAACGUUUGAACAUAUAACUUGCUUUUGACUUGGGGAACAGGUUUAUUUAAAAAGAAAUAUACUGAAGCACUUCAAAAGCACAAUAAUAGUACUUUGUCCUUUUGGCACGUGGAGUCAAAUCAAUCCCUAAGUAUGAUAGUGUUCCGCUCAAGCCGGUGCUGGGUGUGGGAGUGGUGCGGGGGUGGGGGGGGGGGGUGGUGUUCCUCAUUUUAUCAACUCUCAAAACAGACUUAAUCAAACCGAAUCCGCCAUAUUACUUUAAUUGACUGUAUUGUAUACUCCGAUAGAUCUCCUCAAAGAUUAUACUAUACAAAAAAUCAUAAAAUAAGGAGCACAAUGAUUUAGUGACAAGACCAGAUUUAUAUCUAAUCUUAUGAGUUAUAUAACAUAAAGAGUCAUAAAUAUUCCAACAUUUCGCUUGUGAUACAAAUGUCACAUUCUACCAUCGAUGAACAGAGGUUUCUUUUAAAAUGCCUUAGUUGAAGCAAUUACAAACAAACCACCUAAUAUUUACAUACAUUUCAUUGAAAAACACUCAAAGUUUAUCUGUUUCAUAAAUGACACAAUUUUCUUUAUGUCUGAGAAUCAGUUCCAAGAAAUACAUAUAUUUAUAACACAUAAUUAAUACACUAUUAUGUAAAAGCGUCUUCAGCCUUCUGAAAUGUUAUAUACUAGCCGACUGCGUCGAUUAUCUAAACAUAGAUCAGUUAGAAAUACCAUAGAAUACUGAAUCCAUGACACUUCCGUUGUUCAGUUCCCCCUGUGAUAAAAAUGAUCUAGGUUAGGAUGAAUCUUCUAUUAAUAUAUGUUAUGUUAUAAAAUGCGAGCUUUGCAAAGAGAACAUUCUUGGUGUUGUAUAGAAAUAAGUUGAUGAUAAGGUGUAAUGUUUACAUUGUUUGCAAGUUUGUGACGAACAUUUCUUUAUUGAAUGUCAUGCUUAAUAUGCGUUUUAUAAAUUCUUUAGGUAUUGUACACCCCAUUACAUUGCUUUCAAUCAUUUUCCUUUAUUUCACAUGUUAAAUAGAUAGUUUCAUGACAAUUACAAAAUUAUUGAAACGCACUUGCGAAAUAGAGUUACGUUGAAUUCAAUAUGUGUUUGCAUUUUUCAUUACCUCUCACGAACAAACUAAUCAAACAUACAUGUUGUUAUUUUGGUUGCUUGCUUUAUAUGUUUUCAAAAGAUCUUAUAAAUAAAGACAGUAACAGACACGUGUCCGUCCGAGAAAAUGUCACGUGAGAUAACCACAUUUUCUUCUGGUAGCAUUUUUACCUGUUGAUUUCUCCCACCUGUUUUACAUUUUUCAUAUUUUGACGAUGAAAUAAAUUUGAAACUUGAAAUCGAAAUGUUUUUGGAGUACAUGUAUUAUAAAACAAAGCUUAAGAUAUGAAAAGUGUUAGACUAUUGCACUUCAUUAACUAAAAUUGUUAAUAUCGUAUUUAUCUGUGUCUAUUUAAGAAAUAAUAUAUCCCAGUAUAGCAAUGAAUUGUCUUUGGAUAAAAUUAUUAUUUGGAGUUCGGAUGAGUAGGAUUUAUGUCGCGAGGAAGAAUCUGGACGACAAGCAGUUAUUUUAUUCAAGAGCAAAUCACUGUUUAAGAUAUAUUAUUUCGAUUCUAAUACGUUUCUAUAUCUUGAUACCCACCAACUAUUUGUCUGUUUUAUGCCGUUUUCUGGUCGUGUUAGAAUGAAUAAUAAUUCAUGCAUGUGUUGAAAAUUUUUCUUUGUACUUUAUCAAUGUAUUCAGCAAGCAACACCUAUAUUUCUAUGAUGUCAUAAAUCUUUUUAAAUAAAUGUAUAUCUUUA